AAUUAAAUCACACAACAGAAAAUCAAAAGCUGUCGAUACAUCGAUACAGCAUCAAGCGCAUUGCGCCCAUCUCUAUAUAAAAAAAACAAGCCAAAAAAGUUUAUGCGUACAGUGCGAGAAAAUGAAUCAGAUCAUGUUGUUCGAACAGCAGGAGGAGGAGAACAGACGACUGCGUUCGCUGUAUAAGCAACAUAACGAGAGGCCAAUGGAGGAGAAAAUCAGUUUGAGAAAUACAUGGGAAAAGCCCCAAGCUCUGCUGGAGGCCGUGAGCAGUCUGCAAAUGCCCGAUCCCUAUCCGAAUCGAAAGAUAUGGCGCAAGCAGCAACGUGCUGGGACCGUGCCAAAGAGGAUUGCAACGAGUCCAUAUCCAGCGUCAGAGCUAUGGGAUCUGAAUGGGAAGGAAAACGAGCACGUCAGGAAUGUGCGUGAAAGUCUGGAUGGCGGGGACAUGCCCCCACGCCUCGAGAAUAAGAUGUAUUUUGUCCUUGACAAGGAGAUGGUACUUAACUUCGAGGAACCCCUGGACGUGCGCAAAGAGUAUCUAGAGAAUCUGAGCAAAUUGGUUCUGCCCGGCACAGAUGGAAGCAUGCUAUACAUUCCGCAUAUUGUGAUAAAGCAGGUUGACUUCUUCAACGAGUGUCAAAGAGUGUACAACACGAAGGUGCAGAUAGCAGAGCGUGCAAUCAAAUACUUGAACUCUAAAUUUGAUAGGACUUUCGAGAUCCAGGCCCAAUCGGUCACAGAGGAGCAGGACUACCUGUUCCACGUCUGCUGCAUAGAGGAAAGUAUUGUCAACAGCUGCCUGCAGCUCCAAAAGGAAGUGCCUAAUCUGCUGCUGCUCACUUAUAGUAGCCGUCUCCGACGAUCGGCCAAAUCGAUGGGCAUACCGGUCUCCAGCUACCCCGCCCUGAAGGACAAACAUCCUGAAGCGUUUGCAGCUCUGCAAAAAAAACGCGAGCCAUUGCAGGCGAUGCAGAUCGAUGGCGUCGUGCAGCGGCAGGCAAGAGCCUUGUACUAAUUUCGAAUAUGUACGUUAUAAUACUUAUUUUAAGUAAGAAAUGUGUGGGGUGUACACGAAACAACACUCGUCCAUUCAUGCCAACGCUAACGAUGAAUUGUUCUAUUGCCAUGGACAUGAUACUCCACUACCGCUGCAAAGUGUCAGUGCUAAAAUUAUUUCAUAUCCGAGAAUUUGUAGCUUGGCCCAGCUAAAAUUUGAUCCAUCAGGUAAGUAAGUCCGGGCAAGUAAGUCCGCGAAGGGGCAGCCCCGCCGCCUGGGACUGGGUUGCGCCACCAUUGCAUGCCAUAAUUGUGAGUGAGUUUUGGAGUCCUUGGAGGUU